UGCUCUCGCUCUGACGUGUCGCACGAUGCAUCCUGGGAUGGCGCCCGGCGGCGGCGGUCCGCCUGUUUCCCAUCCUGCCCUGGCGCGCUGAAUGGGGCAGACGCAAGAUGGCUGCGAACGCGAACUCGGGUGGCGGCGGCGGCGGGUCGCUGUUCGAGUGCCCGAGCUGGGCAGGAAAACCUCCACCUGGCCUUCAUUUGGAUGUUGUGAAAGGAGACAAACUUAUUGAGAAACUGAUCAUUGAUGAGAAGAAGUAUUAUCUGUUUGGGAGAAACCCUGAUCUGUGCGAUUUUACCAUUGAUCACCAGUCCUGCUCUCGGGUCCAUGCUGCUUUGGUCUAUCACAAACAUCUUAAAAGGGUUUUCCUCAUAGAUCUUAACAGCACACAUGGUACAUUCUUGGGUCAUAUACGUUUGGAACCUCACAAACCCCAGCAGAUUCCCAUUGACUCCACGGUUUCAUUUGGUGCCUCUACACGAGCAUACACUCUACGAGAGAAGCCUCAGACACUGCCAUCAGCAGUUAAAGGAGAUGAGAAGAUGGGCGGUGAAGAUGAGGAGCUCAAAGGCUUGCUGGGCCUGCCAGAGGAAGAGACAGAGCUUGAUAACCUGACAGAGUUUAACACAGCCCAUAACAAGAGAAUUUCAACUCUUACCAUAGAAGAAGGGAACUUGGAUAUCCAGAGACCAAAGAGAAAACGGAAGAACUCAAGAGUGACAUUCAGUGAUGAUGAUGAGAUAAUCAAUCCGGAGGAUGUGGACCCCUCCGUUGGACGUUUCAGAAACAUGGUACAGACAGCAGUAGUCCCAGUUAAGAAAAAACGGAUGGAAAACUCGGGCUCACUGACCACAGAUGAAUCUUCAACACGGCGCAUGCAAAACUUCCCCUACAGUGGAGGAUUAUAUGGUGGCUUACCUCCCACCCACAAUGAGGCAGGUUCCCAGUCACAUGGCGUUCAUGGGACAGCACUGAUUGGAGGCCUGCCAAUGCCGUACCCUAAUCUAGCCCCUGAUGUGGACUUGACUCCCGUUGUGCCAUCAACAGUUAACAUGAACCCUGCCCCGAACCCUGCUGUCUUUAAUCCUGAAGCUGUGAAUGAACCCAAGAAGAAGAAAUAUGCAAAGGAGGCCUGGCCAGGCAAGAAGCCUACCCCUUCUCUACUGAUCUGAGAUGGGCUUCGUUUGGGGGCGGGGGGGUGAUGAACUUGAGAAACUGUUUGUGUGCAGUAUCGUCUUUUUUAAAUUUGUGUCCUAACUGCACGUAAUAUCCAGAACGGAAGGGUGAUUUAUCCCUUAAAGAUCUGUCUUCAGAACAUUUUUUUAUAUGAAUGUAAAAAUAUAUAUCCCACCUACUUUUGAACCAAAUUGUCUAGCAGCCUUUUCUCUUUGCCAUUAAUUUAGGGAUAAACUUCAGAGUCAAUAAGCCUGGUGAGAAUAAAGGAAUAGUGUCAAGUAAUUUAGGCCUCAGACGUUUAACAUGAUCCUGCAAAUGCACAAGACUAGGUGUAGUGCUUAUACUGUGAGUAACUUGACUCCAGUUAUAGUAUUCAUAGUAGUUUGCACUACUUCAGAAGUCAGUGCUUGCAGGGUCAAGCCUAAAUUCAAUACUUAAUCAGGUCAUUAGGAGUAAAUUUAAACAAUUACUAAAUGUAAUAAGUAGAAUAACUUUCAUUUUUACUUUUACAAAACCUUACGACAGGUUUCUGUUUGAGUGCAAACAUUCUCUUGCUGUAUUUGCCAUCUUGAACAUGGGCACAUCUAGUGCCCUCACAAGGACUGGAGAUGUGGACAGAAAAGUAAAACUGAAACAAACUAGACAGUUUUCUUUAAACAUUCUGUUAAACCUGAAAAGCAAAUAGCAAAGAAAUGGCAAAUACCAUUGUUGUAACAGCCGUCAUAACACACAUAAGGACAUAUAUGAACCUUUCAGCACAAGUGAAGUAUCGUUUUUUGUGUUUGUGUCUAUGUCUGGGAGGGGACCCUUUAAACUGACAAUCAUAGAGCAUGAGAGGCAUGACAGAGUUUGUGAAAAAUAGUCAGCAGCAUUGGAUUGUUCUCAUAGUUUCUAUGUCGUCUUAAAUUGCAUAUGGUUUUAGUUAUUAUCUACGUUGUUGUCCUUUUCCUUGUUAAAAAUGGGGGAUGGGUUGGGGAAAAAAAGCUAGCAUAUUUCUAAAGUGAACCCAGUUUUCUGAUGAAAAUUAAGUGCAUCUGAACCAAAUCAGUUUUCCUAGUUUGGGUGUGCGGCACUCCAUGGUUUGAUACGAGUGUUCUUUCAUUUCAAACAAAGUGGGAAUUUUGAGUUGGAUACUCCCGCUAGCCCCACAAAGCCUGGGUUCCCAAAACUAUAUGAAUGCAUUCGUAUAUUAUUUUGUAUUUUAAAUAUUUGUGGCCAGAGUCUUUGUAUCAUUUAGCAUAGCAUAGCUCAAGUACUUACUCAAAGUACUAUUUGGGGAAUUCCUCCAGGUUAUGUGCACUUAAACAUAACUAUCCUCUCCCAGAAGUCCACCAGUGCAGGUAGCUGCUUGGCAAGCUAGUAUUUUGAAAAUGUAACCACCAUCAGAGAGACUGUUCUUUAAUGUAUCCCAUCUGGUUGUACACUCUUGUAUUCUUUUGGACGGCUGUUCCAAAAUCAAUAUGGCUUUUGCUUCUGUAAACUACAGAAUGAAAACUUCUGUCAUGAUAUAUGUAUAAAAAUGAGCUGGUAAUCCAGGAUUGGGUUGAUGUUCCUCUCUGUUCCUCCCUCCCUCUCUCUCUGUUCCUCCCUCUCUGCCCCCACCCUCCUCCCCCCACCCCAAUCCCAUUUGGCUCGGCUAGCCAAACUGGCUCUUGUUCAUCUUCUUUCAUUCCAAGUACUUUACACUUUGCACUUCAGACUAAUUCUUUUAAUUUUCAGCUUUAUUUUUUCCUAGGCUUCAGGACUUCCUCUUUCCUGCCAGUCUGUGUUUUGAAGACAAUUCUUUAGGGUGUAAGUAGUUAGGGCAAGUAAAAAUUGAACAGUACUUUAUUUUUACAAGUGACUUCUUGCAAGAUCUCCCUUGGGAAGGGGAACUUUACUGCUUGUCACUUUGGAAGCUCUUCUCGUCCCUGGGAUUGUACCAGCUCUCAUUAUUUCAGAGCUCUGAAGCCUUUACAGGCCAGUACAGGAUGGGGCCUGACACCAUGAGGUUUGUACAUUUGUGUAAUAGGCCUUUUCAUGCUUUCUGUUUAGCUUUUUACCUGUAACCUUUACUACAUUGUAAAUUAAAUUCAGAUUUUGCCAUUUUGGAAA